GUCAUGAAAAUAAGAACAAAGUCAAUUUUAAAUAAAGAAUCAUAGAUAGUAUAACAGUGUGUGAACACUUAGCCUACAAUCUUUAUUUCUGUCUAUAUUAUGAAAAAGUGUACAAAACAACUGGCGGAGAAUCUGAACAUGAUGAAAAAGAGUCAAAACAAUAUUUUUUUUUCUCUCUUUGUUUUGCCUUCAUUUUUUUCCCUGCCUUUCGUUCAGUCCUUCUUUCUAUGAAGUAAAGUGGUUCUGCCAUACAAUUUUAUACAAAAAAGAAACAUUGAUGCUAUCAAAAAUAUAGAAUGAAUGUGGGUUUUCUUUUGUUUAUUUAAGUUGUGUUUUUUAGUAGAUUAUUUAGAGUGAGUGAGUAAAGUAUCAAAGUAUAUUUUUGAUACUUUUUAAGGUAUAUAAGGACUUGGCAUUACACAAUAAGCUGGUCGAGCAUGUAAACUGCUCUCAGUGUAAGGAGCGCGAGCUAAUGCCACAAGCCUCUUUCAGAAACGCACCACUUAGGUGUGACGCAGUGGCGUGCUGUCUCCCAAUUUCACUUGAUUAAAUGGCUAUUAAAAGCUGCUUAACUGCCUCUGGGUGCGGAUUCUAUCUACUUCUCAAAUAAAGGCGAUUCCAUCACCAUUAGUACAUUUACUUUCGCGUUUUGCCAUAAAAGCAACUUGUUACCAUGAUUCGUAGCAGUGUGGAGCGCAGGUGCCCCAUAAUAAAAGGUUUCAAUUACAGUGCUCCAAAAUCACAUUCAAUCGUUGAAUAAACAGACGACAUGUGACAGGUAGGCCUGUUUUGUUGCAUUCAGGUAAAGCUUUAGCAAAUUUGCAUAUAAUCUGCACGAAAUCGUUUUCUUAAUCGAUUUUUAUCAUGUUUGCCAAUAAAAAAAGGAUGAAUUUAGCCUAUUUUAGAAUCAAAAUUACAUAGUAAUAAUUGAAUUAAGGUUAUUUUGUUUACCCCAUUAUCACGUUUGAGCAUAAACCCCACUGUUAGCUUUAUGCUUUUUGACUGAUUUUUAUGGGUAGGCUAUACAUAUACUUAUAAAGUACUUUACAAAUAUACUACAAACUACUAAAUCUGAAAGAUAAUUGCAUGCGUUCAGGAGUGACAGAGAUACUCAUUAAAUGACUCGAAACUCAUUAAAACUGAGAAACUCUCUCAUAUUUUGUAAUUUAGGUGGUCUUCACUUUUCGUGAAAUAGGCUACACCAACGCUACUAAUGAAGCCAUGUCUCACAUUUGCAAGGAUACUGUAUUUUCAUGACCAAAUGAAUCCAGUAAUUAAUUUGUUCUAACUCAUCUGAUCAGAUGGAAAUCCUGCGGUCGAGGAUUACUACUUCCGCUCUAACAUCCAACCUAAUUACCUAAUAGCAUUGCUGCAAGACUUCUGCCAAUAAUGAAACACUUUUACCAUUAGCCCCCGUGAUUGCAGAUGUGAUGACAACACGAUAUCAACAAAUUACCGCUCCAUCAGUUGAGACGGAACUGAAGCACACUUGUAUCCUUGCAGAUUUCAAUAUCUACAAUUAAAUCCUAUUUCACGGAAGCCCUGUUGCCCUGUACCGUCAUAUGAAAUAAUAAUAAUAAAAAAAAUAUAUACCAAACAGCCUCCAUGUUCCCUCACCAAUAAAUGAAAAAAGAAAACAGUGAAACACCAAGAAAUGAGAAUCAGUUUAGAAAAGAUCGCUUUGUUUUUCCAUAAAUGGUUAUUUUACGUUAUUUAAACAUUUUCUCGUUAUAUAGCUAUUGAAAAAAUCAGGGUUAAAUACGGAGCUACCCUUAGAUGUUUAGAUAAUUUUUGGUAUUAUUAGUAGAAGUGAAGUCUAGUAGAAGUCUUGUUUUUUUUUUUUUUUUUUUGGUAGAUUGAUUACCAUAGUUUUACCACAAAUACCAUGGUUAAACUUUGCUUACUGUAGCAAAACAAUGGUUCAUUUGUGGUUACCUUGGUUUAAUUAUAUUUACCAUGUUUUUUUUUUUCGUUGUAUUUGUACCAAGAAUAAUUUUCGUAAGGGUAUAGCGAACAAAUGUUAAAUGGCAACGGUCGUAACUGAAAGCGAAGCGGUAUUAUAUAAUUUAAAAUGUAUAGGUCUAACAAUGGGUUAAAUUCACACAUAAUUAAUUAGGCUAGUUGUUUUGUAUUGCUAUCUUAAGUUGGUUAUUUUAGUAACGAUCCAGCAGGUAGGUGUAAAUAGCCUGCAUAACAGCUAAACAUUUAGCCUAAAUUGUUAGCAUUUGUGACUGCUGAAGUUGCGGCUUAUUUGUAGUAACCCAUCUUAAAAUGUAUAAUAGUUUUUUUUAUUAUUUUUUAUUAUUAUUAUUAAUUCCAACCACAAUAGGCCUAAUUUGUUGUUGUGUUGGGUUAUUAGCUACACGUUUUUAGGUAAGACUCCAACAAACGGAGUUAAAUACAGAACCCGCGAAGACGAGUGUAAAUUGUAACGCUGGUAACCGAAGCUUCAGCUGGAUUGUAACAGGUGCGUGCGGUGCAUUAUUCUGAAUCCUUUAAACGCUGUCAACCCUUUGUUCAGAUUCUUGACGGGUCCACGCGCCUUUUAAGCCAGUGUACAGUGAAAGUGCAGGCUUAUGUCGGAGUGACUGUUGCGGGGAUAGGGCUCUUGUAGCGAGGCUUUUUCAGCACCACGGGGAGCGACCCUGCCGCUCCUCCCGCCGCCUGCAUAAUUAAUCCAUAAAGAAGUCGUACAAUCCACCGCCCAGCCGUCGCGCCAUUGGUUGAGUGCUAAUCUACUUCCUGAUUUGCUGCUGUCAGUCUCGAUCCAAAUAAAUAGUAAUGUACCUGUACUAGCGUGCACAGGUUGCCAACGAGACUACGUUCCAGCUUUUAAGGUCCUGAAGACUGGGACCAACUGAGUGAUUUUGUUUGCGACACAGGCAUCAAAAGCCCCUCGGAUUGUCCCUGUUUCUUUUUUCUUUUCUUUUUUUAAGUUUUGAGAUGAAUCUGAACUACACUUCUCCGGUACCCCAGAUGCCAGCUCAAAGGUCAACGUCGUUCUUCAUUGAAGACAUUUUACUACAUAAACCUAAACCUUUGCGAGAGGUGUUUCCCUCGCCCUUUUCAAACUCUCUUGCCUCCCGGAUGCCUCUUAUAGAGUAUGGAUAUCCACUCAUGCCUACACCGAUACUGGCUCCUCAUCCGCAUCAUCCGCUACACAAACCUGAACACCAUCCGUACUUUUUCACCUCCGGAAUGCAGAUGCCUGCGUUAUUUCAGCAUCAUCCCGAAUUACCAGGGAAGCACUGCAGACGCAGAAAGGCCAGAACAGUGUUCUCAGACUCACAGUUAUCCGGACUCGAGAAAAGGUUCGAGAUCCAGAGAUAUCUGUCCACACCUGAGCGCGUGGAGCUGGCUACGGCGCUCAGUCUAUCGGAAACACAGGUAAAGACGUGGUUUCAAAACCGGAGGAUGAAGCAUAAAAAACAACUGAGGAAAACACAAGACGACCAGAAAAACCCAAAUGAUGUAGACAGAUCGCUGGAGAACACUAGCGAGAGCGAAAUGCACGAGAAAAGUACAGACGGUAAAAACGGCAUGAGUCCGGACAGAUACACACUGGACGACAAUGAAGAUGAUGUCGAUAUUGAAGAUGACAUUUGCUCUCCUGAACAUUUACUCUAGUAUUAUCACCCCAUGAACAAAAAUGUACAUAUGAAUUACAGUCUUUUAGAUAGGAAAUUAUAUAUAGUUUUUUUAUUUUUAUUUUGAGAGCAUUGGUCUAAUGUUAUACUGUUCAAGCGCUUAAGAAAAUUCUGGACAGCUGAAGGAUUUUAAAAUGAUACGUGUGUAUUCCACAUUAUUAUUAUUAUUAUUAUUAUUACAAUAGUCAUGGCUUUGUGUCUAACGACUCUGACCAUUUUUGUAAAUGUGGAAUGAAUGAUAAGUAACGUACUGACAGUCUGUAAAUGAUAUGUACUUGAUAAAUAAUCAUUCGAGGGAUGUAACAAUUAAUUUUCAUUCCAACUGAAGUGUAACAUUUGACAUUUUCAGCACUUUCGCGGGACGAUGAUAUUGGUUGGCAUGUUGUGGACUGACAUAUUUAUGAACUCUAAAACUGUGACUUGUCAUUUGUUAAAACAAAUAAUGUAUAUAAACAAAUGUACAUUGAGUGAAUUAUCUAAGACAAUUCUUAAACUAGCAGCGUCUUUUUUGUGCUUUGAAAGCCUGUGAAUUCAUCAUUUCCUCAAUUCCAUGAAAGCUGCGGGUUAUCACCAUUUCUAACAUUAUUAGAGAAACGAAUAAAUAGUCCAGAUUAUAACAUAACAACAGUAUUAAUAACAUUAACUCUAACAAUAGCAUAUAUAAGUAAUAUUAGACUAAGUAUUAAAUAGAAAUCACAUGGAAAAAUCAAUUGAUUUGUCAAUAAAAACUACUGGCAUCGUAGCUACAUAUGCACGAAUGCUUGAGAAUGAUUUAGCUCUGCUACUUGUCAUUUCCCCCUGUUCUUCAUUAUUUAUACAAACUGGAUACAUAAAUAUAAAUAAAUGGGACUAACUCAGUUUAAGGAUUAGAAAAUUGAGAAUCAAGAAUAUUGGAAUCAAACCCUGUUCUCAAAUCAACCGCGCAGAUCGGAGUCUGAAUGAGCAUAUUUUCGAAAUCGGAUGGUGGGACAUAUUUAGCUAUGUGAGAAUGGCGUGAGAAUAUUGGUAUUGUUUUUGGACAAUCGAUAGACACCAAUUUAUCCUUUAUAAACUCUAUUGUGUUAUUGCCUAUUACAUUAUUCCUAUGCCAUAGGUCUAUGUUAAAUUCAGUUUAAUAUGCCUACUGACUCACUUGGCCAUUUGUUAUCGUUUUAAUUUUUCGCGACAUACAAAAAGAAUUGCCUGCAUUUUAUUAGUCUGUCGGUGCAGUUAUUGGAGUUUAGUUAGUUUCAGAGUGUGAAUUAGGCUAAUCAAUAACUUUUACGGAUGUUUAAACGGAAUUUCCGCCAGUAAGGCCUUUUUUUUUACCUUUUAGAGUUCCUAGCGAUCAAUUGUUUUUCAACCGAUUUAUUUGUUAUAUUUCUGAUGUGUAAAUCUAUAAUAACGUGAUAAAAAUAAGCCAACAGUAGGCUACUUUUUUUGAGGUAGCUACAGUCCGAUACAGAGCGCGAUUGCGCAGUCGUUGCUAUGGUCACCAACUAUCAAGCGACAAUUUCUGUUUUGUUAGUGCACUCAACUUUUGUUGUUACUGAAACGUUAUUUGAAAACCCUGUUGACACGUGUAUAUACUUGCCAAGCUUCAACCUGUUUUAACGUCCGGUGAGAGGGUUUAGUUCUUAACUGGAGGCCAUAAAGUCUUAAUAAAAUUUAAUUAAACUCGUCUA